AAUGGGCGAUAAAAGCCCAUUAUGGCCCAGAGUCAUCAGUCACAUCAGCAUGAAUUUUUGCCCUUGUGUGAUGUGCUGUUUAACAUUAUCUCAUUAGCGUCUUACUUCUGCGAUGUUGUUUUUGAUUUUGCUAUGGUAUACGCCCUAGCUCAUCAGACAAUAACACCGCCCAUAUUGUUUCCUCUGAGCAUCACUUUCAUAGUCACUUCGCUAAUUAUUUCCCAGAUUGUCAGUUUACGAUGGUAUCUAUGGGGAGCCAGAGGUAAAUUGACAAAAAACACAUUAGACGAUUGCGACGUGAGUCCGGUGAAAAAGAUUGGCAACUGGACUGUAGGCUGUGUUCUGUUACUUCAUUCUACUCAAAUCGGUGUUCUAUGGAGAUACUUCAAGUUAUUUAUCCCAGUGAAUUUAACUUAUGUGAAGCAUGAGGUGAGAGAACUUUGCGUAUUGCGACUGAUACAUGCGUUUUGUGAGGCCGCUCCGAUGCUGCUUCUGCAGCUUUACGUGUUGCUGGGCGCCGCCGAGGACGGUGAGAUAGUAACCGGUAAACCAAAGGAAAACGAGAGCAAGGACGGCAGUAAACUGGCCAAAUUGACGUUAGUGUCCGCGGGACUUUCCUUGUGGAGUGUGUGCUGGGCGGUGGCUAGUUUCAGCAAGGGUGCCGCGCGUCUUCGUAAUCUCGAACGUUUGGUACUGACAUGGUUGGGAGUACUGGCGCAGUUGUUCUGGCGUUUGGGUACGGUGAGUGCUCGUGUCGGGGCACUGGUUGCUUACGCUUCGCUCUACGGCGGACAGUGGCUGUUGAUAGUGAUGGCACUUCACUGGUUGUCCAUGUUGACGUGGCUCUUGCUCACCCCCGACGGACUGUUUCACGGCGGCGAGCGGUUGCCGCUUCUGAGAAAGACUUUUCUCGCUUCCGUUCUAGCAUUCGUGUACAUAUUCGCGUACGUUAAUCUGCACGAGACGAAUCAUCGUCAAAAAAUGGUUAUAUUUUAUACCGUAAUGUUCUUAGAAAACGGCUUACUCGUCGGCGUGUGGAUGGCCGGCGUUAAUCGCGCCGAUCUGUUGCCUCAUCAGCAUCAUCUACACCCGGUUACUCUAGUACUCGUUAUUAUAGCUUUGUUUUUUGGUGGUAUGUUUUUCAUGGGCCUCUAUUACAGAUUUUUUCACGUGAGGAGAUUGCGAUAUGAAGCUGGCGGAAGAAUGACCGGUUCAAAUCUCACCACGCUGUCCAAUCAGGACAACGUGGAAGAGAAACAAGCGGAUUACAACGAGGAGAAGAAGGUCGAUAUUGGCAUCGGGAUGAGAAAGAUGAAGUUGAGCAACGGCGGUAUACCGGGCGUGUUCAAUUGUCGUUUCGCGAACCCGACCGCGGUUAAUCCGAAUCGCAAGAAGAAGAAACCGACCACCUUCGUGCCUCCGCCGCCGCCACAGUCGCAAACGGGUAGCGUGAUGAGCUCUGUGACGGCGGUGGGCGACUCGAAACAGUGGCUCAACGUGGCCAACGGGUCGCGGCAGCUUAUUCCGUUCUGGAAGAAGCCCAUUUCCUCUUUCAACAUAGUACAAAGCAACGUUUCGAACGAGCAAAAGGACGAGACCGACAUGGCGGUCGGCGGUUCGUUGAACGUCACACUGAUACGUGAGAAACUGAAGGAGAAGAAGCAGCAGCAAUUGCGCGAAUUGCGAGCCAUACAGGAAGAGAUCAAGGAGGGCAAGUUGUUCCCACCUCCGUCCGCUUCAACGUCCUCGUUCUCGUCCUCGCCGUCCGCGUCGAAUCAGCAACCACCGCCCAACACGAAGCUUCACACCUCUCCGAGUUCUCCUCUGUUUACGUCAACGUCGAUUCCCGAACAAACCAACGGCGGCGCCCUGUCGUCCUGGCCGCCCGUAAAAAUGCACUGUCUCCUACCUCCGCCGCCUUCUUCCCCGUACUAUCCCAAUCAACAUCCCUCGAAUUUGUGGAGAGCGGCGCCGCAGCGUGAACGAGCGGACACGCCGGAGAUAUUGCUGGCUCCGCGAUGUCUGUCGCAUCAAUAUUCUCACUGGUCUCCGCCCGGACACAUCAUCAGCCACAGAUUACACGCGAAUCAAAACGGCAUCGAGGAAAGUUCCAAGGGUGAAGGUGAGGGAGAAGCGGGAGUCAGUGACAUGGAAGGUAGCCAGGUCUCGUUGCCCAGAAGCUACACGCUCCCACGUGAGUUCAAGUACAAUCAUCCGAGCGUCGCGCGAGAACGUCGCGCGGGAAAUAACAAGUUGCUGCCCUCACGCUUUUAUUUACCGUCCACUAACAGUUCUGACGGCGACGUGGACAGCGCCGAUAACGAGGACGAGACCGAUUCGGAGGCGCAAAUUCGAACCAAGAUCACCAAUCAUCAUCACGAGAUCUUGCAAAGGGGUCACGUUUACGAGAACAACGAGAGAAGCAACGACAAUCUCAAUUCGAACUGCGACGCGGCCAACGUCGCGCCUAGCAAUUGUUAUCCAAAUAAUUCCUACAGUGCCUUGCGUCCAAGUCAAUUGUUUAGAACCCGAGUUAAACACGAAACGAAACUUUAAGUUAUACAUAUUGUGUAUGUCGAUAACAUAUAUAUAUAUAUAUAU